AUGAAAAGUUAUUUGUCGGAAGAGGAUAGGUUAAAGAUAACAAUAAGAAAGAACUACUUAGAGCGAGAUGCUAUUAAAGCAAAAAUAAUAAAUUAUAUAAACAGAUUAACAUAUCUUUGUUCAGAUGAAAAAUGGGAAAAUUGCAAAAGAGCAAGGCACAAGCGGGCGAUUCUGGACGAACACUUGGUUAACCUUCCAGAAUUCACGGUAGAAAAGCGGCCAAAAUUAGAAGACGAUUUGACAACCGUAACGAGGAAUAAACGACUAUUACAGAUAGGUCUUUUUGAUCAUUUGAAAAAGGCAAAGGAUGCACUAGAACAGGAAAAGAGUAACAAGACUAUUCAAAUGCAUCAAAUGCAAAACAAACGAGUUGAAGAUAAAUUAGAAGAAGAAAGAAAAUUGUUUGAAAAGAAUGAACUAGAGGAUAUAGAGAAAAAAAUAAUAGCAUAUAUUAAAGAUAUAAAAAAUUUAGAAAAAAAUAUAAAAAAUGAUGAAGGGAAAUUAGUUAAACUCACUUUAAUUAAUCAUUAUGAUAAAAUGAAAAAUUUUAUUAGUACAAAUACAUACCCCACUAUAUUUUGGCGUCCUUUAAAAUAUAAUGAAAAAACAGAGUUGUUACAAAAGAAUACUCAAGAUUUUAUUAAAAAAAAAAUUGAAGCCAUAAAAUCGACAAAUUAUGAAAUAGAUUUCAACGAUGAGGGUUGGAUGCAGCAAUUUUCUAACCUAAAGGAAAUGAUAAACAGGAAGAUUAUGGCACACGGGGAGAGGCAAGCGGAAGAGGAUGAAAAGGAAGUAGAGGAGGAGGACAAAGAAGUAGAAGAUGAAAGGGAAGUAGAGGAGAAGGACAAAGAAGUAGAAGAUGGAAGGGAAGUAAAGGAGGAGGACAAAGAAGUAGAAGAUGAAAGGGAAGUAAAGGAGGAGGAUAAAGAAGUAGAAGAUGGAAGGGAAGUAAAGGAGGAGGAUAAAGAAGUAGAAGAUGGAAGGGAAGUAAAGGAGGAGGACAAAGAAGUAGAAGAUGAAAGGGAAGUAGAGGAGAAGGACAAAGAAGUAGAAGAUGAAAGGGAAGUAGAGGAGGAGGACAAAGAAGCAGAAGCUGGGAGAGAAGUAGAGGAGAAGGACAAAGAAGUAGAAGAUGAAAGGGAAGUAGAGGAGGAGGACAAAGAAGCAGAAGCUGGGAGAGAAGUAGAGGAGGAGGACAAAGAAGUAGAAGAUGAAAGGGAAGUAGUGGAGGACAAAGAAGCAGAAGAUGAAAGCAAACAAAUGAAGGAAAAUGAUAUCAUUAAUGAUUGUACAUUAAUAUUUUAUGAUAAAAAAAAAAAUAAUAUUGUGCAGGAUGAAAGUACUUGUAAAAGUGCUGAUAGUAUUAAUCCCAUACCCAACGUAGAUGAAGAACCAAAGCAUAAAGAAAAAGAAAACUCAAAAAAAAAUACAAAAAGAAAAAUUAAUAAAGCGGCAAAAGUUAAUUUGACUCAAAAAGAGAAAGACAAGGGAGAAGAUGCAGAGGCAGACUUAGUUACGAACGGGGUGGAAGAUGUAAAAGACGAUUUAACUGAUACGGAAGAGGAACAAAUGGAAAGCAAAAAAAAAAAAAAAGGAGCAGUGCGAAGGAAAGGUAGGAGAAAAGGAAAAAUUGCGUAA